AUCUUCAAAAGCUAUCAAAAGGAAAGAAAAAUAUGGCUUGCUGGUCUGCCGAGAAUGCCACAAAAGCCUACCUCAAGACUUUGAAAAUGGGGCAAAAGGCGAAAGAACCAGACGUAGCUGAGUUUAUUUCAGCUCUGGCCGCCGGCAGCAAUGCGCAAUUAAUCGUCAUGGCAUGUGCCGGUGCUGCGGACUCCACAACGCUAGCCUUAGCCGCCGCGGCUUACCAAACCGGCGGCCGUGUAGUUUGCAUCCUUCGCGGGCUUGAAGAACUGCGUCUUUCCCAGGAAGUUCUCGGCGCUGUCGAUGCAUUCAACGUUGAAUUUGUUACAGGGGAAGCUCAAAAGCUGGUAUUAACCCAAUACAGGGAAGCGGAUUUCGUGCUUAUUGACUGUAAUCUUGAGAACCACGAAGGAAUUUUUAAGGCCGUGCAAGUGGUGAGGAAGCAUAGCGGCGUGGUUGUUGUCGGGUACAAUGCAUUCUCCCAGGGGUCUUGGUGGUGUAGUGGGGCAAGAACUCAGUUGCUGCCGAUCGGAGAAGGGUUGCUCGUGACCAGAAUUGCUCGGAAUGCCAAAAUUGGCGUCGGCUGUGGAACUGGGAAGAGUCGCUGGGUUGUCAAGGUGGAUAAGUUCACCGGUGAAGAGCAUGUCUUCAGAGUCAGAUUUCCGCAAGGAAAGCAGAUUGAAGCUUAAGCUUCAAUUUUUUUUGCUACCUAUGGUUGGUAUAGGAGAAGCCUCUUUGCCCCGUUCUGAUUCGGAUUUUCAGCGAUACGCCGGUGGGCCGACCGAAACUUGUUGAGACAAAUAGGCUUAUAGAGACUCUCUCAUAUUUACUGUCCAAAUUACUAACAAUCUGAACAAUAAAAUUGUUAGAGAUCUCUAUCCUGUUUUCACAUCUAAGCUUUUGGAGCAAAAGGUAUUUUAGUUCUAUUAUUACGCUUUAAUUAGGAGCUUCUUUUUUAAAAAUUUCCAGGUCCCAAAUGUAAAUAGCAUAUUAUAUACAUGUAAUCCUCUUUUAUGCUAGUGUUGUUUUGAGUAAUGCAUCGAUA